AUGGCGGAUUUAAGGAGAGUAUUUUCCCUCUUCUUUUUGGCCUUCAUUUCGCGUCUCUUCCUCAUAUACAGUCCCGUUAAAGACUGGUUCAUUAACCGAAUAGAGCUUUCUACACCACUGAAUGCAUGGAACAGAGGUAAACUUGUGUUGGAAAAUAACGAUAACUAAUUUUCAAAGAUGAGCGUGCAAUUAGUGAGCAGUACUGUAGUUGUCAAAAAUGGGCAAUAACAAGAAGAUUGGUUGAAACUGUGACCGUGGUGGAAACAAUUACGAAUACAUAAGAAAAAUACCAACAGGGACAUAGCUUCUUCUUCAAUACUUCAACUUUCCCGAGUGUAUUACGAACCAAUUUAAUGACAAACUCCCAAUGAGCUUGGUAACUCCAUUGGUUAAAGAGCGCUGGUUACCGGUCAUCUCGCCCCCAAGUCAUUUCGCCCCGGUUACUUAGCACUUCUAUUCUAGAACGAGGAAUAUUAUAUUUGAAGCGGGCUUGUGUUGGUUUGUGGCUUAAAGAACGAGGAAUAUUACAUUUAAAGAACGCUAAAUGACUCGAAAAUAGUGGGCCAAGUAACUGGGGCGUAAUGACUGGUUACCGAGCGGUCGCAGACGUCUGUGUUCGAAUGCCAUCAACUGCAUGAGUUGCAUAUUUAAUCAUGAUGAUGUUCUCUUCAUUUAUUUCUGAUACAUUACUAGAUUUUGAUCUGUUUUUAUCAAGUCUCAAGUAUCAGUUAGCUACAUCCUGACUGACAGUAUAAUUUGUUUAUCGAUAUAUUACCUUUUUUUUCUAUUUAUAUCUUCAGCACAUAAAUUAACUAAAAUGCUGUAAACUGAAAGAACUGCAUCUUUCUGUCUUACUUUCAUGACUUGACUUAUUUUUAAGUAAACUUGCCAAUAUAUAUUUACAGUUCAAGAAGGCCUCUCUCUUGUUAAACUUGGAGUUUCACCUUAUUCUGGAGAUGUUGUACAUGAGGUGAGAUAGAUCUUAAAAGAUGAAUAACAUUCAUGAAAUCCUAUUUCUGCUGUUUGAUAUUUCUAUCUUUCUUCAUUUAGCAAUAAGCAAAAGUAACUUAUGUACCAGUCAAUCCCCUUCCCCCCCGCCCCCCCUGCACACCCUAGGCAUUUGACUUUUUCGAAAAAUUUUGGUGAAAUUCGCCAGUAUCUUAGCGGUUUAGAUGGUCAAAUGCUCCACCGGCUAGGGCUUUAAAAAUUGUCAAAUCCCCCACCUACCAGGGACUAUUCAAAAGUAAGCCCACAUUUAACUCGCUUUUCCAAAGGCUCUCAAAUGCUCCAAAAUUGCGGUGAAUAUAAGAGCAAUGACCUGUGGUGCACAAGCUAAAUGUAGAAAGAAUUUCUAAAUCCUUUUGCUUGGGAUGCUGACCAGCGUUUUGACGCGAAAGUCAAAUGCAUGACUGUGCAGGCCUCAUUUUUGUCAAAUUCCCCUCUGUAUGGCACAAACACCAGUCAAAUAAUGCCCAAGAUAUGCCACAGGGAUGGGCAGUUUUGGAAUUGACUGGUACGCUACUCUAAAAUAGCGUUGCUUUAUCUCAGUUUUGUUUGUUUCUACCAGACACCACUGGUGCUAACAACAUUUCUUGGAGUACAGGAAGUAUCAGAAACACUUUUUCCUGCUGUUUUUGUGGUGAGUCGGAACAUAAGUUUAUCAACUAUAAGCAUUUCUAGCUUACCAGGUCCUUUUCACUUGGGAGCUGGUUACAGUCAAACCCUAUUAAUGUAAACACUGAGGGGGUCAUCAAAAGUGUUCUUGUUAAGUGGGUCACAUUAUUUAAGACAAAAGUACACCUAUUAUUGUACAGAAGACAAAAGUUAAAGAAAUAAAACAGGACAUUAACUUUGUUAAUUUAAACAUACCUUCACAAAGUCGUCAUUUCAUAGACUAUGUCUGUAGAAACACUCAAAAGUUGUUAAUUUUUGCAUACUUAAUCAAAACUUGUUUUCUGUAUAACUGGCUUGACAUUUACAAUGAUAUUCAUCCUAUCUGGUGUACUGUAGCACUGGGAACAUUGACAUACUGUCAGCUAAAGGUUUUUUUUUUAUCUUCAAUAAGGAAAGUUUUAUUAUUGCACACAGUUGACAAUGAAGCAUCUGCAUUAGUUAGUUUAACUUUCUAUGAGAAUCUGUUGAUCAGCCAAAAACCAAGUGUCCAUUGUCCACAUCAGAGGGGUGUCCAUAUUAAGCAAGUUGAAUUUAGAGAAAAUGUAAGGGCUUUCCUCAGGGACAAUGGCUGUCUUUACACCAGGCUGUUAAGUAAGACUUAAGAGCUACUAAGUUUUACUUAACCAAAAGUGCGUGUGUGAAGGCUUAAGUAAAAUCUCAAGUAACUUUACUUCGCAUCUCAUUAAAGUCGGAAAGUUGAGACGAUUCAAGAAAGUUUCAAGUGACUUGAAAACCAUCCUCUAGACCGACAUAGCGAACUUGCGGUUUCUAAGCUUUCAGAAAGGUGAAGCAUGUCAAUCAAUCUUAAUUACGUUGCAUGGGAAAACAGGCUUAAGUAAACCUGCAGUAAGAGAUAGGUUGUGUGUGAAGCUUUCUUUCACUGGAAGAAUUUAAAAUUUACUUGUCUUGAAAUAUUUCUUAGCUUAUUUAGGCUCUACUGUAAAGACUACCAAUGAGAACUCUUGGGUUUGACUAUAUUUACUUGUUUGCAUAUAAUAUUGAAAUGAUGUGUUUAAAGGUUUUCCCCACUGACCUGUGCAGCUUUUUGUAUUUAUAUAGUUUUCUUCACAUGUAGGUGGGUGACUUGAUAAUUGGAUGGAUCCUUUACAGGCUCGCUUGCCUUCACUCUGACAUACUGGUAUGAUCAUUUAACACUCAAAUUGUUUAAUGAUUGGUUACUAUAAAUAUAAGAAGUAUAUAUUGAAAGAAAUUUAAAAGGAAACUAGCACUAAGACUUCUUAUAAUAGUUGAAAGUACUGUCAAUGCCCGAUAACUGGAGCCUUCCAGGGAAAUCGAAAAAAGUUUGAGUUAUUGAGAGUUCAAAGCAAUAACCGAAAAUGGGGAAGUACAUGUAAGGAAAUGGGAUGGGGAAGCAAUGGAAGUACCAUGCAAAGUUUACUUCAGGGGAAGCAAGAAAUAAAAUAAUAUUUGAAAAAGGAAGUUUGAUUACUAUACAGAGCUGGACACCGUACUUGAAGUGGACUGAAAAAAGGUAUAAAAGUACAAAGCAUACAUGUAUAUUAUUGGCACGGAUGUUUGUAAUUAAAUUCAAUGUUUCAAAUUGGUUCAAGUUAGCGUGAGGUUUGAGUUAGUGAAGGUUUGAGUUAUUGGGAGUCACUUGGAACAGGAUGAUAUCGUUAAUGCUAGAAUGUAUGAAUAUUAUUUUGUUAAACUUAUUUCACCCCAUAUAUCUACUGCAAUGUCAAUAUUGCACUCUGUUUUGUGUUGAAAAGAAAGAGAUGGUCAAUUUUAAGUUUAGUCAACAAAUAAGAAAUUAAUAAAGUUUUCAUUAUUACAAAUACUUGGGGAAAAAAAUAACUCCUGGACAAGAACAUUACCCAUGAACAUUCAGAUACCAGUCAGCAGGGCUCAUAGGAGCUCGUAGCAUGUAGGGCAGGUCAAAUUUAAACCUUAGGGUCCAGGCAAGACUACUCUAAUAAAAUCAUAAACUAAGACAAGGAAGAAGUGGUUCUGGGCAAACAAAAUGUAAGAGUUGCUUGCCCAAAAGACAAACUGGAAUUCAAGUUUUUUUUUCAAGCCCUGUUUAGGCAUUGUAUCCAUGAUCUAACCAUCGCAGACACAUUUAAUGAUGAGUUUUUUCAGUCUUGUCAAGCUGAAAUGGUUUUGUCUUGUUGAUCCCAGAGGCUCAGGGCUAUUGGCAACUGAUGUUCCUGUAAAAAUAAGCAGAAUCCUUUUUAAGAAAUGGACCAUUUAAGUUUUGAGGUGGCAGGAUUGGUCCAUUACAAAAAAAAUUUGUACUAGAAAAAUAGGGGAAAAAAAUUGUGCAAAUCCCAUCUACUUUUGGAAUUUGUAUAAUAGGCAUGUUUAAAAAUUCUAGCAAAGGGAUAUGUUGCUGGUGAUGAAAAAUAAAAUUCUUGUUAAGAAGAAAUUGCCCACUCUUCUCUCCCCCAUCAAAAAUUAAAUAGUCCAUUCCUAAUAGAUAGCCUUACAUACUCUUUUUUUGACUGGUCAUUUUUGUAUGACCUCAUUAAUCACAUUGUUGUUGUUUUUGUUGUUCUUUUCACAGUUAAGUGAUCAGACAGCGAAUUUAAAAUUCUAUGCCAAGUCUGUUGACCCAAUUUUAAUCAAGCGGGAAGCAGUGAACAACAUUCCUCUUCUAGUAUCAUCUGUGUAAGUUUGCUUUCUCCUCCUCAACAACAAAACAUAGAGUAACCAUAAUCCUGAAAUAAGGGGGUGCAUUUUUUUGUUUGAAAGGAUAUAUGAGAAUUUAAAUGUUUCUUGAUGCACUGCAAAUAAACAGUACUCAAAAUAAUGUGAAUAGUGUUGCAUUUUUGUUAGUUUUCUUUGAAUGUUGAGGAGACAGUUCUCUGCACUAUGAAGUUCCCAAUGCCAGUGCCAAGAUCAAAGUUACCAGAUUUUGUGACAAAAAAAAACUAAAAAAUUUUGGGGCUAGUAAACAAAGUUUAAGAUCUAUAAUAAUUAUUUACUUACAAACUGGUGAUAAUUUACUGUGAAAAUAUUAUUAUAGUAGGUAUAUUGUUGACACAAUAUUAUUUCUUUGUUGUGUUGUAGUUAUUUGUUAAACCCCUAUACUAUUGGCUCUUGUGUAGCACAUUCAACUGUGAUGUUCACUAACUUGGCAGUCACAACUGCACUCUAUUGGGCUCUAAAAGGUAGGUUUAUUUUCUCAUUUCCCAGAAGUCAUUAAUAAUUACUGUAAUUGAAUUGAAUUUAUCAGCCUUGCCAGCUAUGUUGUAGUGUACUAUGUAGUCUAGGCGGACUGUUAAAUGAGGACGUAAUUAAAAGCCUAGGAGACAUACAUACAUACAUACAUACUUGUAUUCUGGGUAGAACGUAUUUUGUAGAAUGCUCAAUUCAUUUAAUUGAAGAGCAUUGACUAUUAAUAAGAAAUAAAAUGGAACUAUCAAAAUAUAUUUGGACUUUACAAGACUCUAACAAACCUUUCCAGAUAAAAUGGAAAGUUUUAAAGAAAUGUAAAGCCUAUAGCAACAUUAGCAAAAAAUGUAAUCUUUGUCUUUAUGAAAAGUUCAUCAUCAUUUGUAGAAAAGAGCUUUGUAGCCUGAACAGGCGAAACGAACUAGCGAGUUCAUGCCCCCACAGAAACAGAUAAUAUGUACUUCAGAACUCUAGAGUAACGUAACUAAGACACAAUCCAUCAAACUUCUUUUGUUUUUUUGUUUUGUUUUUUUUUUCUUUUUGUCAUUUCGCCUUUUUUUUUAGCCUAGAACUAUGAUUAGUACGACUAUCUAAUAUACUUAUUUUAAGAUUUACUGUAACUCUGCCAUUGAUUUUCCCAUGUAUAAUUAUGAUAAUAUUUUGUUCUAAUUAUCUAACUGAGGGAACCCAUUCCUUAUAAGCCGGGUGGCUUCUCUUGGGCUUCCUCGCCAUGAGAUUUUAAGUAAUUAGAUUUUAUUUGAUUUGUACAAUUUUUGGCAAACAAAACAAUAACCAAAUAAACAAUAAACAGUUACCUAGAUACUAUCUCUUAACGCGUCCCUAUAUUUACUGCCAGCUUUUAAUUUUAACGGUCAAUCGUUGAAGUUGCCUGAUGAGUGUGGUCCUACAAUUACAAUUACAAAAACGAUCAAUGAUUACUCCUGAAGCCUGAACUCCUGUGAUUAUUAAUACACACAUACAUACAUACAUACUUACAUACAUACGUACAUGUACAUGUACUUCAUUUAACCUUGAAUUUAGAGUGGCGGAAGAUAAGCUUCAGUGUAGUACAUGUAUCUUCAAGUUACAAGACAAGAAUAGUAUAGUUAUAAAUGCUACUAAAAUUGUGAAAUGAAUUACAACAUUCUAAACUUUUACACUACUGGAAAUAGUCAUACUGUAGAAUCUUGUGCUGGAAAUCAGAAUAGUUAGAAAAAAAUCUGAAAGAGAGUUCCAAAGUUUUGAAGCCAUAUAGGAAAAGGAAUGCGGACCAUAAGUAGUAGUUUUUGGAGACAGUAGAGACAAAACAUAAUUACCGGGUAGAUUGUAGGAUGUAGACCAGAGAAUACCGGUAGGUGUUACCUUAUUGAACAAAGAGAAGAACUAAUUUAGAACAGAUCUAAAUUGUUUUAAUGACGGUUUCAAACUCCAGAGUCAGUUCAAAAUUGCCUCUGUUUGCAUUGUUUCUUUUGUUGUUGUUAUUGUUGCUCAUGCUGUUUUAAUAAACUUUUUGUGUCAAAAGUAAUCAGAGUCGAUGUGUCAGUAUUACAAUCAAACCUCUCCUCACAGACACUUCUACAACCAAGACACCUCUAUUAUGAACAUUUCUCAUUUUCGUUAGGAUACAGAACUUUAUAGAAAUAACAAAUCUUAACAGAAGAAGCACCUCUACAAAUACAAAGGCUUUGAGCUGUUCCUUGUAGGUUACACAGUACAUAAUUUAUAGAUGCUUAAAAGCAUUGAUCAAAUACAACUGUAGAAGAUGGAUUGCAGCCACAGGUUAUCAACCGUAAAAUUUAAAUUGUAUAUGAUUGUUUUGCAUUGUAGGGAAUAUUCUUGUCAGCACUCUUGGAGUUGCCUUUGGUGCUUAUCAUUCUUUGUAUCCUAUAACUUUACUGCCACCUGUUAUCCUUAUACUGAUCAAGGUAAAUGCAUUUUCAUGAGAAAUAAAAACUAUCAUUUACUACAUGUAGUUCGAAACUGUGUUAAGAAGAAAAUAGUCAAAACUUAUGUUGUUGGUGGAAAAGAAAUUUUUGGUUUAACAGCAUCCUCGGAGGCCCAGGGUAGAACAGUUGGCUCGGCAGAAACGGCGCCACAAAAGUUUUCAUGCACGGGCAGAGCUUUCGUGACACCAUUUGUGCCAACCCGACUUUCUUCCCCUGGGACUCCGAGGUUGGUCUGACUUAUGACAACCACAUUCCAAAAACCAAUCUCGUUCCCAGCUUCUCUUGACAAGGGUAACUCUCGGGUCCCUGGGAACGAGAUUUUCCUUUUAUCUAAAAGUUGCCCUUAAAAACCCAUUCGCCAUAAGAAAUGAGAACAAAACUGAGCCUAUUUGAGUUUUGCAAAAUUUGCCAAUAAUUGACUAAUGCUUCUCUCGUUAACCAUCCCAGAAACAAAUGCGGACGCUCCAGCUCCCUUUUUGUUAGUUCUAAAAUGACCGGGGGUACUCCCUUGUGAAGGGGGUGGGGAUGCUCGUCAUCUCGCUUAAUCAGGGGUGUAAAUUUCAGAUUUUGGUCGCACUUAGGGUGUUCUGGGCAAAACGCCAUUAUAUGUAGCCGUAAAAAUCUUGUUUAUAUAUAUUUUCAAUUUUUUUUUUUAUUUACUCCAUUCAUGUAAUCAAAGUUUAAAAUAGUCUCUUUUAGUGGUCCAAAAAAAGGUUUGGCCACGCCCAGAUCGGUCUCCUUUUGGGGUUUAAUUCAAAAUUUCCGACGACUAUCCCCGCCCCUUUCAUAUGGGAGCCCCCCCCCCCGGGGCUAAAAUGGCGAACUGAGUUCAAAAACGCUGAUACUCUUUGGGUCUGCUUGUGGUCACGUUAUGUCGUCUAACAAUAAAACGUGCGGAAAUAUUUCCUACCAUUUAUAAUUGAUUAACGACCCUUAAAAAAUAUGGCUUUGCUGUCUAAUCCUUAUAAGAACGACAGUUUUUCAGUCCUCUAUGUUAGUUUGAACAAUAGCUUAUAAGUAUAAUUAUUCUUCUGCAUUUUAGGUUCGGUCAAUUGAUGCCGAAUCCAACAAGAAGUCACUUGUGUUUGUUAGUAAAGUUAUUGCUUCAUUUGUCACGUGGAUAGUUCUUUUGCUUGGAAUGUCCUACCAAGUGUUUCAGUCCUGGGAUUUUCUUUCAGCUACACAUGGAUUAAUGUAAGGUUCUAUCAACAUUCAUUUCUUUUAAAAUGACUUGGGUUUUUUAGCAACCAUCCUGGCACUGCGUUUGGGCUUUGGGUUCUCCGAUUCAAAUGGAGAGAUUAUUCAAAGCUUUUUUAAGAUAACGCGCAGAGCAUUGCAGUUUGCUGGUCAAUUGAUAAAGUACGUGAAUACUUCUAAAGCUUUUUAACCCAUUCAUUCUUGGCUUUGAGCAAAGUCAAGGUUGACGACAAAAGUUCAAAUUUCUUAUAAAAAGCAAAGAUCCAUUAAAGUAUGGGAUUGCUGGAACGGAAAAGUUAAGCUGAAUUUGGAUCACCCGUCGAUGGAACCAGUAGACUAGUGGCGCAGGGUUCAUAUAAUCACAAUUCGCUUCAAGCUCCGACUAGUGGUUUUUCAGCUUGAAGGUUUUAGUUUUGCGACAAAUUGGUUCUAUCGACGAAUUACCCAAAUUCAGCGACACGUGAAACAGAUGCGACACAUGCGCAAUGCGACGUUAAAACCAGGCCUUUGUUCAAAGAAAUCGCUCAAAAUUGUGUCCCCAAGAAUUGUAAGCUAAGAAGCGUAAGGCAAGUUAUAGCGGUUAGUAUUUCGUGUGUACAAACAAUAGGUACGUAAUUGCUGUACUUUAUAAUAAGUUUAAUCUGACUAUUCUUUGUUGUUUAUUCCCCAGUUUACAGGUCUCUGAUCUGACGCCUAACAUGGGUCUCUUCUGGUAUUUCUUCACCGAGAUGUUUGAACAUUUUAGGAAUUUUUUUCUUUGGGUUUUUCAAUUGAAUGCUUUCUUCUACUGCAUUCCGCUGACCAUCAAAUUAAGGUACGACAUAAAAAGUAAAUUCAUUUAAUAGUGGAACAUACAGUGAGUAUGGUUAUGUAAUAGCUGUUGAUCGUGCGUACUGGGACUCGUUUCUAGAAAGUCACUCUUCACUUUUCGGGCCUGAAGCCUAUUCCUUUUGUGUCCGAAGCCCGAAAUCAAAGUCUAACGGAAAAGCUGGCUAACAAAUCAGUCCAUUUACCCGUUUUUAACCGACUGGUUUAUAAUUUUAAUUGCAAAUAUAUUGAAACCAUUAUUGAACCUUGGUCUUUGUAAACAAAACAGCUUUCCAGGCCUGGGAAUUACCCCGACUUGCGAGGAACGGGCCCCUGAAAGCCAUAUUGUAGCUCCCUAACAAGAUCCUUUAUUGCUCUGCUUGCAAAACCAACAAAACUGUCGUUCUCUGCACCAAAUGCGUUAUAUAAGCAUAAAACAGCUUUCGGAGACCGAAAACAAACGAGACUUUUGAGGAACGAAUUUUACAUGCUCAUGUACCAGAUGUUUCGCAUGGAGCGAUGGCUUUUCUUGGCUUUUGUGUUUUUUCAUCAGUGCUGGGUUAAAACUUUUGGUGCGCAUAAAGUUUCGUUACAACACUCAGUGAAAAUAGACGCGGUCGAGUUUAUUGUUGCUUCUCUCUCUUACCCGAAACGUUUUCAUCGGAUAUUCCGGUUUCCUUGCCUUUGGAACGAACAAACAGAUGUGAAAAGAGUUAUUAAGAGAGCUCUUAAGUAAGUGUUUCAUGAGUAAAGAAACUGCAUUUACAUUUAUUUCAUUUCUUAUUUGUAUGCUUUCUUAGACUAUGUAAUGUUUUAGGGCUUUUUUUUAUUACUAAAUCUUUUUUUGUUGUUAUUUCCAGGGAUAACCCAACAUUUCUUGCGUGUAUGCUAUGUUCAGUGAUGGCUAUCAUGAAGUCGUAUCCUUGUCUGGGUGACGCCGCUGUUCCGUUAGCUCUUCUUGCACUUUGGAUGCACAUCUUUCCUUGUAAGUGGUACAUUUUCUAUCAUGCAGCUAUUUGUUGACAUAGUUACCGGCAGCUUUUUAUUCUUAAAAUCCAAGGCCAAUCAAAGGUUUGAACGAAGUAAUCUGAUGUUACCAUUCAAAUAAAAGCUUUUAAACGGAACGUUUGCACAUUACUUUUUAUUGCGUUACGUUUUUGGCCAUUAUUAGAAGGAAAAGAGUUCAACAAAGCACAGAUUAUAACUCACUCGGAACAACACGUGCUAAGCACGUGAAACAUGAAAACCGCGCGCACGAGGAAGCACGGAUAUCUCGGAGCAAUGAUCAAAUGUCUCGUCGUUCACCAUGCCGCUAUCUCUGCACAUAAUUUUCAAACGAUUUACAGUUCAUGCAUAAAUAGCUUUACUUCGGCGUAUUAAGAGUUAUACACCGCUUCAAUAAAAACUCCAUAAAGAACGCAAUGGAAAGGUCAUUCAUUACAUGGGAAUUUUGUAGGAUUUUUUGUACUCUAUGUGUAACAAUCUUCAAUGCGAGAGUUCCCUUUUUUCGUUUUUCAGAUCUCAGAAACACUCUUCUGAUCACUUGUAUGCUGCUCUGUAGCUCAUUCUUGGCCCCAGUCUUCUGGCAGCUGUGGAUUUAUGCGGGAAGUGCGAACGCUAACUUCUUCUUUGCAAUCACAUUAGCAUACUCUACUGCCCAGGUAAUAUCGGUUCUUAUGGUCAGAUAUUUUACUCCUGUUAAAAAAUUUAAUUGGUGAACGCUUGCCGUAUGAAAAUCCGAUAUUACCAGGUCCAAAUCUUUGAACAAGGAGUCGCAAUCGUCUUGUUAUCAAAGGCUUAAAUUUUCAUAAGGGACUGUUUUUAAAGCCAAAUUGUUUUCUCGUAAUACUAAUACCAUCCGAAUUGUCAAUUUGCGUUUGUACUUUUACUACCAAAUUUUUAGACAAUUUUCUCCACGUAAGAUUUUGGAUUUAUAACCAGAUGGUUGUUUUAAGUUGGGCAAUUGUAAAUCUCGUUCAAUAAUGAGAAGGGGAACAACAAAAGGCAGGCAAAUUUAAUCGCCUACAGGGAAGAGGCGGAUCUAGGGUAACCUCGGGUAUUCACCCUUUCAAAAGUGGGAAAACCGGAAUUUCCGGCUGGAAAAGUCAAAUAGCUCGCUCCAUUCCGUCCGGGAAGGUUCAGAAAAAUACGGACUCCGAUUUGACGCGACGCAAUUUUAGUGUUUUCAUUCUGUGCAGCAAAUGUGGAUAUACUCUGUAGUGAUUCGCACUCCCACCACGGCAAAUUUUAUAGAUUUAUCUGUAUUAUGUUUUAUUAUUUUCACCCAGGUGGUAUGUGUAAAUAGUAAGCACCCCCCGUCUCCAGGGCUCUUCCUUUAGAAAAUGGCCCCACCCAUUUCCUAAGGGAAUUGCUGGGAACGAGUUUGGAUCUAGGAAAAGGGCUUUAGGGGCCCGGGCCUCCAUCUUCUGGCCAAAUCCCCUUGCAAAAUUGUUAGAAAUGUCCUGCAGACAUUUAUUUUGAUUUUUUUUGCUUUGAUUUGUUUUUCAGAUCCUUCUGACGUCUGAUGUUUUAUUCGCGUUUCUUCGCCGUGAGUAUGAUCUUUAUCAUGGAAUAUACCCUCCCAUCAUGCAAGGCAAGCCUGCCAAGGUCAUCCUACGGUAACCAUGGUAACCUUAAGCGGGAGAGGCAAAAAUCUGUAUGAAUGGUUGCAGGAAGCAUGAAGUCUAACUUCUGGGACCUUGUGUAAGAGUCAAACUCUUCUAUCGGGAUUUUAAAGCGAACAAAAAUGAAGCGAACCGUACUCUAGCAAUGAGCUACGUAUAAUGCAUGACUUUCUUGCCACAAAGGAAACAUGCAUUUUUGCAGGGUCUUUGUUACGCCACUUGCACUUGCAAAACGAACAUAACUUUUUUCCGCAUGAUGUCUGAUGAGCAUCUGUAAAUUAUUAAGCAUCGAUAAAGUACGCGAUAUUGCGAAGGUGAUCUGUCGGGGAAGCUGUUUGAAUACAGAUAGUUUGAUUCCUUUCAGUUAGCAGUAGCCGAAAAGUGCAUGCCGUGUACGUUUAUCUACUCGAAAAGAAGUUCGAUGCAGAAAAUCCAUAAAUUAUCACUUCUCGUGCCACCUCAAAUAGUCGCGAGACCGGGAACGAAGAAAAGGGACACUGAUAGAGCGACUUUCGUAUGACCUUGAAAUGAAAACGUGCGAACAAACAGAAACAACAAAAGAACGGAAAUAUCGAAUGGGUACAAAUGCAAACGGCUUUUAGUUGGUUAAGCGAAAAAACUUCAUGCCCCAGAACCUUCUAGAAAUCAAUCGAUACUUGGCUUUGACAUAUUAGGGUUUUCUUUGGCGGGAAAACGAAGAGUUCAUUCCUUGAUCUUUUCAUCAAUUGGCUGAUAAAACAAAUAACGAACACUUCCCAAAACAAUUUUUCAAGGUCAUACGAAAAUCGCUCUAUGUGACACAGUACAAAUUAGAAACAAUUAAACUUAACCGCCUUAAAUAGCCAAACGUUUUUGUUUAAACUAGGUUUAACCAUCCGAGUAAAUAAAAUAGUAUUUUGAAAUGAAUGUGAUCGUCACAAUGUGAAUGUAAUUUAUUUGCUAAUAUCCACCACUUUUCUUGUUUAUGCCAAUAAUAAUAGCCAAUCAUCUCAUAACCUGCUGUGUGGAUCUCAAACCACAGAUU